UGUUGACAUGGACGUACAGCGGUUAUGCCGUGUUAGAUAACGCUAAUGUGUCAAUCUGUUGUCUAAAAAACAUAAUGGCUGCAAAAUUAUCCGCUACCCGACCUGCUCCACCAAAACCUAUUCCUAAACCCGGAAAGGUGAAGGUUGUGAGAGCACUGUACAAUUACACAGCACAAUUAACAGAUGAACUAUCCUUUCAAGAAGGUGAUUUGCUGUACGUGUUUGACCAAGUGACAGACCCAAAUUGGUGGAAAGCCCGGUGUGGGAAUAGAACUGGCCUUAUCCCCAGCAAUUAUGUGGAAAGCCAGACAGAAGAAGUGGAAAUGCCACUGCAUGAAGCAGCUCGUCGGGGCAAUCUUAGUUUUCUGCAAGAAUGUUUAAGACAAGGCGUAUCUGGCACAGGAUUGGAUAGUGCUGGUAACACACCUUUAUACUGGGCAAGCCAUGGUGGCCAUAUUGACUGUGUAAAGGAACUUAUAUCAUUACCAAAUCAAAUAAUCGAUGCUCAGAAUAAAGUUGGUGACACUGCGCUGCACGUAGCUGCUGCCCGUGGACAUACUGAAGUUGUGGAGAUUCUAUUAGAAAAGGGGGCAAAUGCUGAUUUGUGCAACAAAGAUGACCAGACACCACUGGAUCUUGCUAUGAAUCCUGCUCUAAGGAACAUCAUUCAGUUGAAUAAAACACAUCGCACAAACAAUCAUUUAACUUGCUACAGUGCAGAGGACUAUGCUGAUGAUUCAGAUUGAAACUGCAUGCUGCUCUUCUUUUGUUGCUGUGAUAUUGUAAACACCAAACAAGUAAGAUAUCAGAAGACUAUCUGAGCCAGUAGUUAAACAUUCCAAUAUUUAUAUAAAAAUGGGGGAAGAACAAUAUUAAAAGAUGUGUACAAUAGUUUAAUGCAUUGUACUCCUGUAUUAAAAAUGGAUAAAAUAAUUUAGUAACAAUUUGUUUGGUUGUAACUGAAAGAAAAAGUAUAUUUUAUUUUGUAAUGUUUGGUACGAAAGUAAUAGGUUUUGAAAAUACAUUGGAUAAAAUGUAAAGUUACCCAAGAUACUGCAAGUUAAUGACAAACUUAGGAUAGCUUUAAUGACUGAUGUGCAAGAGUAACUUAUUUCUAGUGACUGGCUGUUCUGCCCCAGUCUUGAGAUUGGCAUCUACAGCUAACAGAAAUGGGGACGCUCAACUGCCAAGCAAUCCAGGGUGUCUCUAAGGCUAUGCUACCAUGAUCCUUUGCGAGUUCAGGGUGCCCAUUUCUUCUGUUUACCUGUUCAGCUCGAGCCAAACUAAAUCAGUGGAACACUGCAUUGUAGAUUUUUCACAAACAUGUUACUCUUUUUUGCAGUUUGUUAGAAUUAAAUGUCAGUUAAUGGCAUAUUGGUGUUAAAAAUCCUUCACAUCUUUAUUAAGAUAAAAAUUAAAGUCUAAUUUUGAGUAACUCCAGUGUAGUGGAUGAGUCGGGCAGUACAGAAGUGGGAGGAGUUUCAUAUCCAACUAUGUUAGAAUAAAUAAAUAAAUAAAUAAAUAAAUAAAUAAAUAAAUACAGCUUUGCAUUUGUAAAAGAUUCUUGGACUUUCAUAUUAAUUUCCUAGAAGUAUGUUCUGAAAUAUUCGAUGUUAUAUAUGUAUAAGAGCGCUCGCUCUCAAGAGUGACUUUGUUAGAUUUUGUGACAUCAUUAUAACAAAUGUUCACCCCUGGUAGCUAAUUGGUCAGUGUGACAGAAUGUCAUACCUAAUGGCCCGGGUUAGAUUCCUGGCUGGGUCGGAGAUUUUCUCUGCUCAGGGACUGGGUGUUGUGUUGUCCUUAUCAUCAUUUCAUCCCCAUUGACGCCCAAGUCGCUGAAGUGGCGUCAACUCGAAAGACUUGCACCAGGCGAAUGGUCUACCUGACGGGAGGCCCUAGCCACAUGGCAUUUUCAUUUAUUAUAACAAAUCAUAAACAAGUGAUGGGAAACUUACCUGGCAGAUCAAAACUGUGUGCCAGACCGAGACUCGAACUGGGGACCUUCGCCUUUCGCAGGCAAAUGUUCUACCAACUGAGCUACCCAAGCACGGCUCAUGCCCCGUCCUCACAGCUUUACUUCGGCCAGUACUGGGUAGCUCAGAUGGUUAGAGCACUUGCCUGCGAAAGGCAAUGGUCCCGAGAAUGAGUCUCGGUCCGGCACACAGUUUUAAUCUGCCAGGAAAGUUUCAUAACAGCACACACUCCACUGCAGAGUGAAAAUCUCAUUCUGGAAACAAUUGAUGUAUAUGUGAUAAAUCUUCAAUGUGUCGCUGCCUUGAAUUAGCUUCUCCUGAGCUAAACAAGUAAACAGCAACAAUGGGCACCCUCCAGUCACAAAGGAUCACAGUAGUGUGCACACAGGGACAUCUGUCGGAUUGCUUGGUAGUUGAGCACCCAAUCUGUUAUAUCUAGAUGCUUGUAGUCAUGAGGGCCAGUAUCUAUUAUUUUCACAUUCCAAGAAGACACCCAACAAUGUGGCUUGUCUUAGCCCAGCAUACAAUGAAGUCUACACUGGCACUUUUGUUGCCAUUCUGUGUUGUCUUCUCAGUGCUGGGUUUUGCUUCAUGUGUCGUUAAUGUCAAAUGUCACAUCCACUUUUGUCUAGAAAAGCAGACAUGCUAAACUCAGUGCUGUCUGCUAUCUGUCAGGCCAGGUUGGUAGUGAAGGAAAGCAGUCAGUGUCAGUUGAGUAACUUCGAUUUGUAUGAACUGAGCUAGGCCCUAUCAGCCAUCACACCAAUUGUCUUCGACGAGUGUGCAGUUGUAGAUAUUCUCAUCUGUGCAUAAACUUUGCGCUGUGUAACUUUUCCAGUAUCCUGGGUACUGUUAACAUAAUUUUUGUAUGCCUAUAAAAAUGAUCCACAGUUCUAAAAUUCAACAUGCAAAAUUCUGAGUUGAUUUCUUGUAUUUUAGCCUCACAGAGGUUAUCCACUUCACAUCCAAGUGUAGCAAUUGUUUUUAAAUGGAGCAGUGUGUUCAUUUAUGAUGUAUUUAAUAUAAAAUGCUGUGAUCAUUUACGUUGUGUGUUAAUUCGUGCAGUCAGUGCUGACUGAAUAAUUUAAAGUGUGCUUUAUGGAAAACAGAAAUAUUUCUAAUUUUAAAAUUUGUAUUGCAACAUCCAUGAUUUAUGCUGCAGUUCAGCUAUACAGACUUGAGUUGUGUGCAUUGAAACAGUUUUGUGUCUACUUAAUAAGAUACCUGCAGCUCAUAAUGGGAAUAACAUAAUAGCAAUAGAAGAUGGUUUGUCAGACUGUUGGUAAAUUUCAAUUAAUUGAUCCACAAAGUUUCAAAAAUGAUUAUUAUGUUAACAAAAUAUGAUGCUAUAAACACUUCUUGUUGAGAUCAAAAUAGAAGCCAUGAACUUGUUAACUUGAAUCGCUGUUGGUAUCAGCGCAGGCCACUAACACAUGAAACGGGUGCUUUAAGAGAGUGUGUGUGUGUGUGUGUGUGUGUGUGUGUGUGUGUGUGUGUGUGAGCUAUUAGCUGAAGUCAGUGCAAAAUCUUCAAGUUUGUGUUGUGUACUUACAUAAUAGAUGCAAAAACACAUUAAUAUCAGCUGCACUUUGUGCGAUACAGCCUGCAUGCUGACCUAGUCUUUGAGCAUUGUUUCAAACAAUUUCAAUAACACCUCACUUUUAUUGCCAGUUCAGCCCAAUUAGAAUUCAAACAAGGAUAAAAUUUGCAUCUUUGGUUAAAAAGUAAUUUUAGACUUUGACAGCAUCAAAAUAGUUAACAAAUAUUUACAGAAAAAUUCAAACUUUAUACAUAUAAAUGAACAGAUAUUUCUUCAUAAAUAAGAAAUGUUUGGUGAUGGGUAAUUGUGCACCAAUUCAAUCAGAAUCUAAGACUGAUUGGACAGUUUCUCCAAUCAUUAUAUUAGUAUGCUUUCCCAAGUAAGUGCACUAUUUAUGUCUCUUCCUAAUAACUUGCUUCUUGCUUUUGCACAGUGUACAUAUUUUAAUUAUGAGCGCUCUUUCUUUUACACCUCUUAAAAUCUCCAUUGAUGUAGUAGCCCCUUAAUUAUUUUCUUUUGUAUUCAUACAGCAAUCAUUUUACCUGUAGGUUAUUUGUCCUUGCAGUAAUGUCGAAAUGAAAAGCAAGGUGUCUGUUACAUGAAAGAAUAGUCUUUUAGACCAAAGGACGACUUUCCAUUCACAUAUGUACUAUGAUAAGGCUGCUGCCUAUCAGUCUGACGUGCAUGUGUCGAAUAUGACAGCUGGAAGUAAUUUUAAGAUUUUUUUCUGGUGUGCGUUCUGCAUUUGUACCAUUGUGUUUAGAAAUUAUGUGGAAGUGCAAUAAAUAUCUUGUCUAUCCUCCCAUUUCCACACAUUGUGCCUUACAAAUACUGAUAAAUGCUGUUCUUUUCCAGUUUUGAACAUACAGUUGUUCCUCCUAUUUAUCCGUAGUGUCAUCAUUGAGAUGAUUUUCUGAUUCAUAAGUUUUAUUUAACACCAAAUGACUCUUCAGUUAAGCAUGUCAAUAUUAUGGCCAACAAGCAACUGCUCCUCCAACAAAUGAAGCUCGCAGAACUACCUUUUCAACGAGACUGUUUUUCUUGUGUAUUGUCAAGCAUCUUCAUGUAUACAGCUUACUUAUUAAUAAAACCAUCUGGAUUAUUCACCAUGUUCAUAUUGAUGCAAAAUUUAUGCAUAUGCAUAAUAUAUGUUAGCUGUGUCCAAAAGGCAAAGCUAUAAUGUCUGGAAUGUC